CUUUAAACUUUUAGCUACUUUAAACUUCAAAGUCUCAUGUCCGGCUUUUUCAAGCCAACUUAAAGUUUGUUUCAAACUUUUUUUUCUAGUUUCAUGUUCAUAUUGGAGCCUAAUGUUGAAUCAUUGUAGUCACAUGGAUUAUUUUAAUGAUUUCCUUUGGGGAAAGUAAAAUUUUAAAACUAUUUAAGCAUGUUUACAGUGACACAGUUGCAUAUAAAUUGUUUUGUAGAUAAAAGAAAUGUUAUGUAUGUUUUGUGAAGAUAUGAUUAUUGUUUUUAGCACUGGGGUCCUAUUGCUUUGUUGAGUUUGUCUAUUUUAUUUACCACAAGUAAAGUCGAUUAUUAUGUCAUUUGAAGAUAGUUUUAUGAAAUGAUUGGUUAUCAUUGUAUCAGAUAAGAGCGACAUAUAAAAUGUGCAGAGAAUUUGAUCCUCAGGAUUAGGGCACAGAACUAGUGAUACAGUUAUUUUAAAUAAAUAAAUAAAUGAUAUGAUAGAGUUUAUCCCAACCCUGAUUGAUAAUUGUCUCCCUAAUCAAAUACACCAGAUUCAACUCAUCUGCUCAUUAUCACAUGGGUUAAUGAGCUAAUGAGUUGAAUCUGGUGUGUUUGAUUAGGGAGACAAUUAUCAAUCAAAUGUAAAAGCAGAAGCAGGUUUUCAGCUAGUUUACAGCAAGUAGAAAAUGGCUUCCACUUCAACAGCCAAAAAAUUUAAGAGUGAUUACACUGAGUCAGUUUGUGGAUACAUCCACAAUGUAAGUGCAAUAAAAACUUCACUUCGAACUGGUUAUAAGUUUUUCAAUGCUGAGUUCCAAGUGAACAGGGAUGAGUGCCAUGAUGUCGUUGUGUUUGCGGUUGAAAAACGAACAGCUUUUGUUCAAGCUAACAGGAAUCAGAGUCCUGUCAAAUUGGACCGGAUAGCACGGAGAGUUAGUGAGUAUCUAUUUCGUCAUGAAAAUAUUUAAGUGUUUUUCUAAUGUUACUGAUUAGUUAAAUGAUUGGUAAUGUGAUUGUUUGCAUAGGUAAGAAUGGCAGUGAAUAUGACAUUCACUGUGGUACCUGUACAGCUAUUUCUGUGGUGGUAGAUCUUGGUUAUCCAUUUAAAUUCCCAUCAUUGAAAGUGAAGACCAUAGCUGAGGUGAAAAACAUGGCUCCAAAGCAGAAUGUUGCUGCUGUCCAGGUGAAAGCGGUUUAUGUUGGUUCUGCAAGUGGAACUGCUCCAAUCAAUGGAGUACCAGUGGACAUGCAGACUUGCUAUGUGGCUGAUCACACCAGUCGUAUUAAGCUGAGUCUGUGGGAAACCCAAGUGGGAGCGCUGGUGCAUAAUAAAAUGUACGAAAUUACCAAUGUCUACACUAGGGAGUUUGAGGGUGGUUUUUAUUUGACAGCCACUCGAUUUUCCCAAUUUAAAGAAUUGGUAGCUCUUUCUGCUUCGGCCGUAGAUACUCCUUUUACAGUUGAUGAAGGGGAAAUUACAACAGUGACAGCUGAGAUUAGUGGUGUCGAGGUCAGUAUCCGGCGCUGCUGUAUGAAGUGCCGUGCUUGGCAGGCUGAUUUUAAUUCCAAAGCAAAGUUUCAUCGAUGUGUAAAAUGUGGGCUGCUACAAAAGAUUAUCAGUUUUCUGCCAACUGUCACAGCAAAAGUCUCUGUGUCAGGUGACUUUGGGGAUGAUGAAUUUAAAUUGUGCAAUUCAGUUUUGAGAAAUCAUUUGGAUGAAGAGGGAUUGUGCAACUUGCUGUUGGAUGCACAGAAUGUCGAGGAAUAUUUGCUGGAAAUGGGGAUCUGUUUACUGAAGUUGCAGAAUAGUGUAGUCAUUGCAUUGAGCAAGGUGAAUAAUGAUAAGGCUGAAGCUGAACCUGAAGAUUUGUUUGGAGAGGCAGCCAGUCUGCUUGAAGGUGAGAUGGAAAUGGCUGAGAUGGCUGAGACUGUGUUAGGUGAAGCUAAUAGUUUGCUGGACCAACCGGUCUCAAGUGAAACAAGUGAGCCAUCUGAAAGUGUGAAGGAGUAAUAAUGUUUAUGGGAUCCUUUAUUUUAAACAGACCAAUUGCUGUUCAUUUAUUUAUUGUUUUUUUCAUUUAGGAUGUUUGUUUUUCCCAGUUGAACAUAAAAAAAAAGUCAAUUUAUUUUUAAGCGGGGCAUUACUAUUUGCUAAGUUUGUUUUGAACAUGCUCAUGUAUAAACAUUUAUUUUUUUAUUAAUAUACUUUAUUUUCAUAGAAGCAUUUUCUGGAUAUUAGUCAA